AUGGUGCCCCCAUGUUUUGGUAAUAUAACCAAUCUUAAGGAUCUAAACUUGGGUAGCAAUAAAUUACAAGGACCACUCCCGAUCCCUUCACCUUCUACUCGUGACUUUUAUGCCAUGAACAAUGGUUUCACCGGUGAGAUCCCCUCUUCGAUUUGUCAGUUGAGUUCACUCUUGGGUUUAGAUUUGUCGAACAAUAGUCUCUUAGGAAAUAUACCCCCUUGUUUUGGUAAUAUAACCAGUCUUGAGAGUCUGGACUUGACUAGUAAUAAAUUACAAGGGCCAUUACCGCGUUCCCUAGUCAAAUGGGCAAAUGUAUCAACACUACUUCUUGGUCACAACGAGUUUAAUGAUAUAUUCCCAUAUUGGCUUAAAGCAUCGCAACUGCUUAACCUUGAUUUGCAAUCCAACAAAUUUCAUGGUAGGAUCAACCUCACUGCCUUUGACCUCUCCUUCCCUGCUCUUACAUUUUUAUCUAUUUCCAACAACAAUUUUAUUGGAGGGUGCCCCAUGAAGGUUUUCUCCAACACCUCAUUACAAGUAAUAGAUUUGUCCAACAACAAAUUUGGAGGGCCAAUUCCACUUCCGUCUCCUGCCACAUUGUAUUACUCCAUUGCAAAUAAUGUUAUAACAGGAAGGAUCCCUUCUUUGAUAUGCGACGCCACCAAUCUCGAGAUGAUCGACUUGUCUAACAAUAGCUUAAUUGGUAGCUUGCCUUGGUGCUUAACAAAUUUUAGCACUGUUCUCUCGGUUUUGAACUUGGGAAUGAAUCGCUUUGAGGGCACAAUUCCACAAACAAUUUCUUUGAUACAUAGAUUGAUGACUCUUGACUUGAGCCGAAAUCGGUUUGAAGGGAUGUUGCCCCGGUCUCUUGUCAAUUGUACAAAUCUGGAAAUUUUAGAUCUCGGUAUCAAUCAGAUGGAGGAUACAUUCCCGACAUGGUUGGGAAAACUUCCAGAACUGAAAGUUCUCAUUUUGAGGUCCAACAAUUUGAAGGGUCCUUUGAACAUUCCGAAGGGAGAUCUCAUCUUUACACAAUUGCGCAUUUUGGAUCUCUCGAACAACAACUUUUGCGGUCCUUUACCAGCCAACUUGAUAAUGAACCUUGAAGGCAUGAAGAAUACGUAA